UCAAGGUUAUCAACUAAUUAUUACGUAUUGUUAACGAUUGUUCUUGGCUAGUAAAAUUUCGAUACUGCUUUUGUGAAUACAAAACUCUAUAUAUCAAAGUAUGUUGUAACGUUUACGAUCUAUUUUAAAUUUUACGGAGUUUGUACAGGUAUCGUUCGUUUCACCAUAUUGAUUGUAAUUAAUUGAAAUUGAUUAAUAUGCGAGCAAAAGUCCAUAUCCUUAUUAGCUACUGUAUUAUAUUAGGAAGCCAAUAUGAUUAUAUUAGUACGAAGCCAAUGAUAGGACGUAAUGUGCAAAUAGCAGCAGAAAAUGAAUAUCCAUUUAUUGUAUCAAUAAUUCGAAUUAGUCAGCACAAUACGAACUCUGUAUUACAUUGUUGUACGGGUUCGUUAAUUACUAGAAAAGAUAUUGCAACAGUCGAGCACUGUUUGGAGAAUGAACAAGAAGACUCGAUGCGAGUAGUUGUUGGUGCAGUUGACUAUAGACAAGGUGUUAGAUUUCCCAUACAGUGGUGGAUAACGUAUGACGUUUGGGCUAUAUUUAAUGGUAUCGCGAUUGAUUUUGAAGUAAACGAUGUUGCUAAUAUACGGUCGGCUGAAAUGGUAGGAUGGGGCUUAGAUAAUGGAACGGUAAUCAAUCCAGUAUUGAAAAAGGCAACGGUGAGAGUUUUAACAAACAGAGACUGUGUUGCUAUUGUUUCACGUCUUGCAUCCCGGACAGUUGCUCUAGACAAACGACAAGCAUUAUGUGGUGCCGCACACCCUUAUGUAAUAAUGACAUUGGGAGAUAAUGGCGGUCCACUUGUCUAUAAAAAUAAACUAAUAGGUAUUACUAAAGGAACUGUGCCAGCAUCAAUACCCGUGACUGAUCCAAAUUUAAUAAAUCUUUAUAUGUCUAUUGAAUACUACAAACGCUUCUUUUAUUCUAAUAUGGAUAUUGCCAAUAUUUGA